UCUCAAAGGCUGCAACUUUUUUUUUUUCCCCUUGAGAAAGCACCUCCGUCUUCGGAAAUUCUAGGUUUUUCCUUCUUCCCGGAACAAUCGAUCCUUUCUGUUUCCCGAACUAGUGAUCCUCCGAUUCGAUCAUUGGGGUUUUCUUCUUUUUCGUGUUCCUUCUCCGAGAGUCGUGGAAUUUUCCGUGGACAAAAAUUUGGGCGAAAUCUAGGUCUAGGGAACUUUAGGGUUCAUCGAGGUUGGCGAGUUUUCGCGUCAAAUGAAUGGCGGAUCCGCCAGGGUACCGCUCCGUUUCAUCUGUUCUUCCACGUGAAUAUACAGAUAAAGCUCUCGGAUUUUGGGCUUUGGUAGCGUUGCAGUGUUGUGACGAUAACAGAGUGUGACGGAGAACCAAUGCUGAGCGUGAUACGGGUGCAUCUACCGUCGGAGAUUCCCAUUGUUGGUUGUGAAUUAACGCCCUACGUGCUUCUCCGGCGGCCGGAUAAGACCGCCACCACCGACGAUGUCCCGGAGUCUGCCCCACUUGAUGGUCACUUCUUGAGGUAUAGAUGGUAUCGUGUUCAGAGCGAUAGGAAAGUUGCAGUGUGUAGUGUGCAUCCAACUGAGCAAGCCGCACUUCAGUGUAUUGGUUGUCUAAAGUCGAAGGUUCCCAUUGCUAAAAGCUACCACUGUUCCACCAAAUGCUUUUCAGAUGCAUGGCAGCAUCACCGUCUCUUGCACGAGCGUGCAGCCAGUGCUGCCGGUGAAAAUGGAAAUGACGAGGAUGAGUUGUUCCGUUUUAACAGCUCUGGUAGUUUGUCUGGUUCUGUCUCGAAUGCUAGUCUAACAAAUGGAUCAGCACCAGCUUACCCUGCUGCAGUCACUCAAAGGACUGGUGCAGGGGAAACACUUGUUGAGGUUGGACGCUCUAAGACGUACACACCAAUGGCCGAUGAUGUUGGUCACGUUUUGAAGGUCGAGUGUGUUGUGGUCAAUGCGGAGACUAAACAGACUGUGGGACACCCGUGUACCUUAUUGACUUCUCGUGUUAUUCCAGCUCCUUCACCCUGUCCACGUAAGCUGAUUCCUGUUAGUGGAGCUGAUGUCAUGGGACACCUGGAUUCGGAUGGUCGUCUGUCAUCUACUGGAUCAUUCACCGUUCUUUCGUAUAAUAUAUUGUCUGACACGAAUGUCAGUAGUGACUUAUACAGUUACUGUCCUCCAUGGGCUCUUUCUUGGCAGUACCGUAGACAGAACUUAUUACGGGAAAUUGUGGGGUACCGUGCAGAUAUAGUUUGCCUGCAGGAGGUUCAGAGUGAUCAUUUUGAGGAGUUUUUUGCUCCUGAGCUGGACAAGCACGGGUACCAAGCACUGUUUAAAAAGAAAACAAAUGAGGUUUUCAGUGGUAAUACAAAAACAAUUGACGGAUGUGCUACAUUUUUCAGAAGAGACAGAUUUUCACAUGUGAAAAAAUAUGAGGUUGAAUUUAAUAAGGCUGCUCAGUCUUUGACUGAGGCUGUUAUUCCUAUUGCCCAGAAGAAAAACGCUUUAAACCGAUUGAUUAAGGACAAUGUUGCUCUGAUUGUUGUUUUGGAAGCAAAAUUUGGUAACCAGGCCGCUGAUAAUCCAGGAAAGCGCCAGCUUCUUUGUGUGGCUAACACACAUGUAAAUGUUCCUCAAGAACUGAAGGAUGUUAAGGGUUGGCAGGUUCACACAUUGUUGAAGGGAUUGGAGAAAAUAGCUGCCAGUGCAGAUAUUCCCAUGCUUGUUUGUGGAGACUUCAAUACUGUUCCGGGGAGUGCUCCACAUUCGCUUCUUGCCAUGGGAAAGAUCGAUCCAUUGCACCCAGAUUUGAUGGUUGAUCCUUUUGGAAUUUUGCGCCCUCACACCAAGCUGACUCAUCAGCUGCCAUUGGUGAGUGCUUACUCAUCCUUUGCAAGAAUGGGAGGCAGCCUUAUGGCAGAGCAACAAAGGAGAAGAAUGGAUCCUACAACAAAUGAACCAUUGUUUACAAACUGUACCAGGGACUUUAUCGGCACACUUGAUUACAUAUUCUACACAGCGGACACACUGACAGUGGAAUCACUGCUGGAACUACUGGACGAGGAGAGGCUGAGGAAGGACACUGCUCUUCCUUCCCCAGAAUGGUCUUCUGAUCACAUAGCUCUCUUGGCUGAGUUCCGCUGCAUGCCCAGGACCAGACGCUGAUGCAACCAAGUCUCAGAUAAGUUAUACUUUGUUAUGGAAACAUCACUUAGAAACCAGUUAGAGAUGGGAGAAAUCUUGGAGUUGAGUUUAGAUCACUUGGGCAAUUUUUCCCGGGGGUUUUUCCGUUGGGUUCCUUUGCUGUGAUCUACACUGUAUGGUGGCACUAUGUUUUUUUCUUAUCGAUCACUUUCUUUUUCUUGUUUUUAUAUAGUUCUUCCUCUGCGCCAGUAGAUUUUUUUUUCCCUA